ACCGGCGUGAACGCCAAGGAGAAGACGCUCAUCCUCAGCAGCCGCGGGGUGACGAGCAGGUACCGACACCUCAUGCUCGAUUUCUGCACCAUGAUGCCCAACAGCAAGAAGGAUGCCAAGCUGGACACCAAAAACCCGCAGGGCGCGGUGGUGGAGGUGGCGGACAUGAAAUCUUGCACCGGGGCCAUGUUCUUCGAGUGUCGCAAACGAACCGACUGCUACAUGUGGCUCUCCAAGUGCCCCCAGGGACCCUCGGUCAAGUUUUACGUCGAGAAUGUGCACACAAUGGCGGAGCUGAAGCUCACGGGGAACCACCUGAAGUUCUCCAGGCCGGUGCUUCACUUCGACGCGUCCUUCGACGAUAAGCCCCACCUCAGGCUCAUCAAGGAGAUGCUCACGCACACGUUCGCCACGCCUUACAGGCACCACAAGAUGAAGCCGUUCAUCGACCACAUCUUUGCCUUUUACUGGGAGGAUGGCCGCGUGUGGUUCCGCAACUACCAGAUUGUGCACCCGGAGGGCAAGGAGGUGAGGGCGACCGGUUUGACCCUCUCCGAGGCUGGACCCAGGCUCUGCCUCCAACCCAUCAAAAUCUUUCAGGGCGCGUUCGGCGGCCCGACGCUGUACGAGGACCCGGCCUACGUCUCGCCGAACAUCCAGAGGCGGGAGCAGAAGAAGCAGGACAUGGGCAAGUACGCGAGGAAGGUGCAGAAGAAGGCGGAGCGCAAGGCGCACGCGAGGAUGAACGCGCUCAAGCCGGACGAGCUGGACGGGUGG